UUCCCUCUCGCAGUCCCACGCGGUGCGCGCCUGGGCGCUUCCCUCCUCUCCCCGCAGGAGAGCGCGUCGUCGUCCUGGAGAGGGGAGGAGCGAAGAGAAAAGGGGGCGGAAGUGCAAACAAGAGCCAGCCGACCGAGACCUUCGGCUAGGAGUCUGCCUUCUCUCUCACAGGCACGCCAGCUAGCGGGAGCGCGUCCUUACUGCUGUGUGCGCUCAGAGCGGCGCGUCUCUUGGGCAGCCAAGUCGGUUCGGAGACAUUCACUAUCUGGAAUUAGAUCUUGAUCAUCAUCAUGAAUAACUACAGUGUUUCUUUGGUGGGUCCAGCCCCUUGGGGUUUCAGACUUCAAGGGGGCAAAGACUUCAAUAUGCCCCUAACUAUCUCACGGUUGAGUGAAGGAGGCAAAGCUGCCAAUGCAAACGUGGGAAUAGGUGAUGUGGUUCUUAGUAUUGACGGUGUAAGUGCAGAGGGCAUGACUCAUCUGGAAGCCCAAAACAAGAUCAAGACCUGCUCGGGCAAGCUGACUAUGAACCUCCAAAGAGCACCCGCAGCACCAAAACCUGAUCCUAUUCCUGUGCAACUUGUAGAGCCUACGGAACUAGUUAAACCUGUGCCCAUUGCAUCUGCAGUUGCACCCAGAGUUUUAUCCACAGCCAAUACAGCCUUCAAUAAGGCCCCAAGGCCAUUCGGGGCUGUGUCAUCAUCCAAGGUCACUUCCAUCCCAUCACCAACAUCCGCCUUCACUCCAGCCCAUGCGAGUUUUUCAUCACGUGCUUCCCCUCCACCGGCUACUUUCACGUCUCCCCCUUUCUCUGCCUCGGGACUGCACGCUAAUGCCAAAUCUAAUGCUGACCAGCGUUCACCUGUGCUGAGCGCUGAUAAACCUGCAGUUAAUGUCCCAUGGCAGCCCACAUACAAUGCAUCCUUGAACACCUCUGCCAACGAAAAUGCCCAGGAGGUGGCAGAGGGGCAGCGAAGAGGAUUCAAGGAGAACCAGGUUGACAGUGCACAGCAAAAUGGUCCACCACGGAAGCAUAUUGUAUACAGAAAUACGGAAUUUUACCAUCCGCCCACUCACAGCAACCACAGCAAGAAACGAUUGAUUGAGGAUACUGAGGACUGGCGCCCGAGGACAGGAACUACCCAGUCACGUUCCUUCCGAAUCCUCGCACAGGUCACUGGCACCGAAUCUAUGAAAGAACCAGAAUCUGAGAAUGCAAAAAAGGCAAAUGACUCUCUGGAGCAGCCACAGCUCACCACUUAUGCCGCAACCACAGUACGAAACAUGCCAGAAAGCCCAGAAAAUGGUGCAAAUAGACCAGUUUCUGCCAAUACUGCAUCUGCUCCAGGCUUCAAGGCAACAGGACCUCAGUAUGCAGUCAAAACCUCAGGCUGGCAGUCUUCCAAUCAACCAGCAUCUGGAAGUGGUUAUAGCCCAAACAACAGUACCAAGCCUGGAGCAACUGUGCCAAGUGAAAAAUCCACCAUGCCUUCUCCACUAACAGAUGACGAUUCUUUUGUUCAAAGAGCAGAGCACAUUCCAGCAGGAAAGCGAACGCCAAUGUGUGCCCAUUGCAAUCAAGUAAUUAGAGGACCUUUUCUGGUGGCUUUGGGGAAAUCUUGGCACCCAGAGGAAUUUAACUGUGCCCACUGUAAAACCUCCAUGGCAUACAUUGGCUUCGUGGAGGAGAAAGGAGUACUUUACUGUGAAGGGUGCUAUGAAAAGUUUUUCGCCCCUGAAUGUGCUCGAUGUCAGAGGAAGAUACUUGGGGAAGUAAUAAAUGCCUUGAAACAAACCUGGCAUGUUUCCUGUUUUUUGUGUGUGGCUUGUCACAAGCCCAUUCGGAACAAUGUUUUCCAUUUGGAAGAUGGUGAUCCCUACUGUGAGACUGAUUAUUAUGCCCUCUUUGGUACCAUGUGCCAUGGCUGUGAAUUCCCCAUUGAAGCUGGAGACAGGUUCCUUGAAGCCGUGGGCCACACCUGGCAUGACACUUGCUUUGUGUGCUCAAUAUGCUGCGAGAGUUUGGAGGGUCAAACUUUCUUCUCAAAGAAAGACAAACCCCUAUGCAAGAAACAUGCCCACUCAGUGAACAUCUGAAACACUAAAUGUUCCUAAAUCAAUCAUAAUGACAGGAAAGGACAGCAAUCAGGUGUUGGUUCACAAUAGGCUUACUAAAGUAUUUAUGUAGACUUCUUAAAUGGUAGUGAAGCAAAGAUAGGAUGAGGGAAAAUCAGGCUAUUGACCUUCUGAGCAAUAGAACUGGGAGCAUUUAGGGUGAUAUACGUUAGUAAUAUCAGAAAGAGUGAGUCAGAUUGCUUUUUAUUGAUAGCAUGCCUUUGUGAUCACUUGCAUUUUUACAAAAGAAAAUGUUAUUUCAGUCAUGCAAUUUUGUAGCAUAAUCUGAAUGUGCUUUUAAGUGUCACAAAUGGGUAAUAUUAUUCCUAAAUAAGGACAUCACAAAACUAGACCUGAGUUUGUUGCUUCUUCUCAGGACAAAGAAAAGAGAGUUCUACAAUGGAUAAUGUAAUUAGUAUGUAUCAUACUUUUCAAGAACUUUACAACCUGAAACCAUUGUACAUAGAUAUGAGGAUCUGUGAUAGAAGUAAUUCUGGAUUUUGAGAGAUUGCCGCAUAAAACUGAUUCUUUUAAAAUCCACGGUAUAGAAAAUGUUGCCUUUUUUUGCAUUGUGUUGUUUUGUAAGUGAUGCAGAAAAAGUGACUCAGCUUCUGCACUGCAACUAAUGAGAUAUUUGGCCAUGUGGAAAAGAGCUUUUUUUAAGUGUCCCAGAAGAACAUGCAACUCAGCUACUUCUAAAAUAUAGCCGAUAGUAUAGUACUGUAAAGGAUGGGGGUGGGGGGGAGUCUUGAACUUACACAUAUUUGUAUCUACUUUGUGCACAAUUUAAUACUACUUUUGGUAACCAAUGCAAAAGGGAAUGGUGGGAAAGAAAUAAUUUCAGCUGCCUUAGAUGCAAAAAUCAUACUGCAUUCUUGCACAAUGAAUAAACUAUUUCUUCCCUAA